UCCCGGUCGGGUCGGGGGGUGAGCGGUGUGUAUCUGGGAACGAUGGCGGGGGUCGGGGCCGCGGGAGUCGGUCUGCUCGGGUCGCUGGUGGUCGUCCUGGCCUCUAUAAGCUCCUCCGUGUCGGAGCUGGUGACGACUGUGGUCCAGGAGCCGGUCAAGGCCGAGUCGUCCCUGCUGAAGCCGAAGGUGAUGAUCGCCAUCCUGGCGCGCAACGCGGCGCACAGCCUGCCGCACUACCUGGGCUGCGUCGACCGGCUGGACUACCCGAAGGAGCGCAUCGCCGUUUGGGCGGCGACAGACCACAGUAUGGACAACACUACUGCCAUGCUGAGAGACUGGCUGAAGAGAGCCCAGAGCCUCUACCACUAUGUGGAGUGGAGGCCGAUGGAGGAGCCCAGGUCCUAUACAGACGAGUGGGGUCCGAAGCACUGGCCCCCUUCCCGGUUCAACCAUGUGAUGAAGCUUAGACAGGCGGCGCUGAAGGCUGCCAGGGAACGAUGGGCUGAUUACAUACUGUUUGCAGACAGUGAUAACCUGUUGACCAACCCCCGUGUGUUGGACCUGCUAAUUGCUGAGAACCUGACGCUGGUGGCUCCCAUGUUAGAGUCCCGAUCCCUUUACUCCAACUUCUGGUGUGGCAUCACCCCACAGGGUUACUACAAGAGGACCCCAGACUACCAACCAAUCAGAGAGUGGAAGCGGCUGGGCUGCUUCCCUGUUCCCAUGGUGCACAGCACCUACUUGUUGGACCUGCGGCGUGAAGCCAGCAGGGACCUGGCCUUCUACCCGCCUCACCCAGACUACAGCUGGGCCUUCGACGACAUCAUGGUGUUUGCCUUCUCAGCGCGGCAGGCAGAUGUGCAGAUGUAUGUGUGUAACAGGGAACACUAUGGCUUCCUACCUGUUCCUCUGAAGGCGCAGCAGAAUGUCAUCGAUGAGAGCGAGAGCUUUAUACACACCAUCACAGAGGCCUUGAUUGACCACAAUAUUGAUCCUUCUCAGCACCUGUACACUCCACCAGCACAGCAGGAUAAGAUAGGCUUUGACGAGAUCUUCCUGAUCAACCUGAAGCGGCGGGUGGAGAGGAGGACCAGGAUGCUGAAGACAAUGGCCUCGCUGGGUCUGCUCAUUACACUGACAGAUGCAGUGGACGGCAAAGCUCUCAAUACAUCCCAACUGCAAGCACUGGGAAUAGAGAUGAUGCCGGACUAUAAGGACCCGUACUCCGGCAGAGUACUGACCAGAGGGGAGAUCGGCUGCUUCCUCAGCCAUCAUUCCACAUGGAUUCAGGUGGUGGAGCGUGGGCUCCAGAGCAUUCUUGUCCUGGAGGAUGAUGUGAGGCUCGAGCCCAGGUUUAAACGACGGCUGAAGGCCAUCAUGGACGACAUAGAGAAAGCCCAGCUGGACUGGGACCUCAUCUACGUGGGGCGUAAGCGCAUGCAGGUGGCUCAGCCGGAGCGCUCGGUGGACGGCGUGAAUAACCUGGUGGUGGCCGACUACUCCUACUGGACGCUCGGCUACGCGCUCUCACAGCAGGGCGCCAGGAAGCUGCUGGCCGCCGAGCCGUUCACCAGGAUGCUUCCCGUUGACGAGUUCCUGCCCGUCAUGUUCAACAAACACCACCAAGUCAGUCGCUGUCCGGCUCCUCUCGCUCAGUACAUGUCUCACUUCAAGCUGCGGGACCUGAAGGCUUUUUCGGUGGAGCCGCUGCUCAUCUACCCCACCCACUACACGGGCGAGCCGGGCUACAUCAGCGACACGGAGACCUCCACCAUCUGGGACGACGAGGCCGUGGCCACCGACUGGGAUCGCCAGCACGCCCGCAAGACGGCCCAGCAGGGCCGGAUCCGCCCCGUGGCACAGAACAGCGUCACGGGGGACACCCCGCCGCCGGCAGCCCGUGCCUCACGGGAUGAACUCUGAGAAAAACGGCCCAGAGAGAGAGAGAGAGACUUGCAUAUUUGUACAUGCAGUGUACACACAGUCAACACCACACUCACACUUGAAAAGACAAGAACACUUGAAAGACAAUACAACAGACACAGACACACACACGCUGCCACACUCAUUUCUCAUGUUUCUCAAUGGCCCUCUGUUGGCUGCCUGGUAAACAGCUGGAGAGCUGGAGGUGCACACAAAAGGAAGAGAAGUGGUGCAACGAUCAAGGGCCAACGGGAAGAAUUACCUCUCACAUGCAUGUGCGUGCGCACGCACACACACACGCACACACACAAUAACAAGACUGGCGAGAAUGAUCUGCGCUGGGCUUGCAGAGACUGUCAUAGCUGAAAUAACAGCAGCAUGUGGGGAACAGAUAUUCCCAUAAGCACCACGGAGAGUCAAACACUCACAAAUCAAUUUUUGUAUUGUUCAAGAAAAUGAUUCUUGUAAUUUAAAAAGAACAGAUUUUUUUAAUGGACAGCCAGGGGAAUAAAAGAAUCUUACA